GGCGCGGGCGGGGCCCCGGGGUUGUGGCGCGCCGGGGAAAAGCGGCGGCCGCGAUCGUUCCGUGCCCGGCCCGGGACCCCGGGACACCCCAACCCCGGGCCGCGCCCCCACCGCCCGGGGCCGCCCCCCCACCCAAUGGAGAACUUCCAGAAGGUGGAGAAGAUCGGGGAGGGCACGUACGGCGUCGUGUACAAGGCCCGGAACAAGGUCACGGGCGAGGUGGUGGCGCUGAAGAAGAUCCGGCUGGACACGGAAACCGAGGGCGUCCCCAGCACGGCCAUCCGAGAGAUCUCGCUGCUGAAGGAGCUCAACCACCCCAACAUCGUCAAACUGCUGGAUGUGAUCCACACGGAGAACAAGCUCUACCUGGUCUUUGAGUUCCUGCACCAGGACCUGAAGAAGUUCAUGGAUGCAUCAUCCCUGGGUGGCAUCGCGCUGCCGCUCAUCAAGAGCUACCUGUUCCAGCUGCUGCAAGGCCUGGCCUUCUGCCACGCGCACCGCGUGCUGCACCGAGACCUCAAGCCUCAGAACCUGCUCAUCAACGCCGACGGUGCCAUCAAGCUGGCUGACUUUGGGCUGGCACGCGCCUUUGGGGUGCCUGUGCGCACCUACACGCACGAGGUGGUGACGUUGUGGUACCGUGCGCCUGAGAUCCUGCUGGGCUGCAAGUACUAUUCGACUGCCGUGGACAUCUGGAGCCUGGGCUGCAUUUUUGCCGAGAUGGUGACGCGGCGCGCGCUCUUCCCCGGGGAUUCGGAGAUCGAUCAGCUCUUCCGUAUCUUCCGCACGCUGGGGACACCGGAUGAGGCCGCCUGGCCCGGCGUCACCGCCCUGCCCGACUACAAGCCCAGCUUCCCCAAGUGGGCCCGGCAGGAUCUGGGCAAGGUGGUGCCGCCGCUGGAUGAGGAGGGCCGCAAGCUGCUGGCGCAAAUGCUGCACUACGAUCCCAACAAACGCAUCUCGGCCAAGGCAGCGCUGGGCCAUCCCUUCUUCCGUGAUGUCACCAGGGCUGUCCCCCACCUGCGCCUGUGAGCACUGGGCUGGGGGUGGGCACGUUGGCUGCGGACGGCACGAGCACAGAGUGGGGCACUGGGACCCCCCGGCCCCCAGGACUGCUCGGGGCGGGGACCCCCCCUUUGCCUGGGCUCUCGGGCACUUACAGCUGGGGGCGAGGUGGGGGGCAGGAGGGACAGAGCCUUCCCCCUCCCUUUGUCCCCCUCUCCUCCGUCCCGGGGGUGGCAGUGGGGGUCCACCUCUUCCCUUCCCCCCGCGGGCUUUUCCUCGCUGACUUUUGUAACUUUUUUGCCAUUUUGUAGUUGACAUUUAAAGCUCUUUGUGCAGCUCCUGCCCAGCAGUGCCUGUGGGAUGUGGGGGUGGGGUGGGUGUCUGACCCCUAUAAGCCCCCUCCACAGUGGGGUGGGAGCAGUCUGUCCUCUGUCACCUGCCUGCCGCUCUCACAGCAUCAUCCUGUGCAUCUGUAGGGCCACUAUGCCCAUAGGGCUCCCCCAUAUCCACCCCCAGAUCCCUAUGGGGCCCCACACAUGCCUUGAAAUACCGAUAGGGCCCGUAUUACAGCACCCAUACACGCCACAUGGUCCCUGUAGGGCCAUACGUGUCCCUGCGUCCCGCUGGCCCCCAUCCACGCCCCCACGGCCCAUCCGUGCCCCAUAGGGUCCGCACAAGGCCCCCCUCCCUGGAGGCCCCGCCCCCUGGCGCUAUGAAGCGCUGCUAUUGGC